AUGCCCCACCAUGCCGUAAUACGCGAAGAUCUGGAGACUACAAAAGUGAGGAUUGUCUUUGACAUUAGCUCAAAGAGACCAGGAUCCCAAUCCUUAAACGAUCUCCUCGCCUCAGGACCCAACCUCAAUCCGGACAUGUUGCGGCUUCUGCUCAGCUUCCGCUCUAAAAGGGUCGCCAUCGUUGCGGACAUAGAGAAGGCUUUCCUCCAGAUCUUCCUCGACAAUCAAGACUGGGAUUACCUUCGCUUCGUCUGGUAUAAGGUGGCACCUACAGUAGACGGAGAUCUCCCUCCCCUUGAAGUAUGGCGCAUGACAAGAGUGCCGUUCGGCGCCACAAGCAGCACUUUCCUUCUGGCCGCCACAAUUCAACAUCACCUACAGUCUCUAGCCUUGGAGUACCCUUGGACAACCAGCAAGCUGAAAGAUAACUUCUAUGUCGACGAUCUUGUUACUGGCGCAGACGACUACCCUCAAGCUCUGCAUUUUCGAUAA